UUUCUCUUUUUUUUUCUUUUUUUUUUUUUUUGAGAUAAUUAUUUCAUUAAAUAUCACAAAAUUGAUUAGUUUGUAACUUAGAUAUCUCAUACAAACUUACCAUAUUUUUUAUUUGAGAAGUACUAGAUUAAGAUACAAUUUACUACAUUUAAAUAAAUUUAUUAAUUUUAGCAAUAAUUGAUAGAUUUAUUAGGAUGAAGUAUAAGGCUAAUUAAAUAAGUCUUUUUUUCAUACACACACAAACAUACUCUCUCUCUCUCUCUCUCUCUCUUUCUCUCUCUUUCUCUGUCAAUCAUAAAAAAAAUAUUUAUACGUCAUAAAAAUAUAUUCAUGUAAGUAUCUUUCUCAUGGCAGUAUCCUUAGUUAAUAAGCUCAUAACAAUUCAAAUAAAUAAUGUACAAAAUAAAAAAAAUAAAUCAUUUAAAUGUUAAACCUACGAAUCAUUUUGACUGUAAUAAUGUUUAACAAAUAUCGAAAUAUAAUAGUAUAUAUGUGUACAUAUCGACGUUAGCAAAUAUGUUGUUUACUUAUUCACAAGUAAAUACACGUAUAAUGUAAAUUCGAAAGGACAUAAAUCGAUAAUGAAACCCCUCUUUCGUAUAACCAAUGAAUCAUCUGUUAUGAACGAAUUGUGUGAAAAAUUUACGAUCUCAUAACUUUGAUCGACGUAGUCGAGGAAAGAUCGAAUUGGUUUUCUUAAGUUUGAAGUUUAACAAAAUUUACGGUGUUAUUGAAAUAAUCAAUACGGGUGCGCGUAUCAGAGUUUUCAUUGGAAUUAUUCAUUCGAAACGUUCGAUAAAAUUCGUUCUAGUAAUAAAUAAUUAUGCCUAUUACACCAGAAUCACUGCGUAAUAUUUCGACUGGCUUAAUUUUGAUGUGUAUCAUUGGUACGGUAUUAUCGUACUAUGCGUAUAUUGUGGAAACAACAAAAGAAAAUGACGAAUCUUACGAAGCUUUGUGUGACAUUAACGAGCAUAUAAGUUGUAGCAGAGUAUUGACGUCCGAAUAUGGUAAAGGAUUUGGAUUGAUACCAAAUAAUUCUAUAUUUUACUUUCCAAACAGUUUAUAUGGCUUAGGAUUUUAUCUUUUAAUAACCGGAUUAAGUAUAUUGAACGAUCACUCUAGUGUCUUCACGAUUAUAUUUUUAGGAAUUUUAUCAAACAUUGCUUCCAUUUAUCUAGCUUAUAUUUUAUACGUAUUAAGAGAUAUCUGUAUAAUUUGCAUAAGUAGUUACAUCGUUAACGCUCUUAUCUUAAUACUAGCUUUUAAAAAGUUACGACUAUUAUCAGAAAUUAAAAAGACCAAACAAAAGGCUCAAUAAGUUAUAAUCAAUGAAAUUGAUAAUGAAAUCAAAAAAACCAAAGAAAUUCGAUCUUUUCUGUUUCACAUAUAUAUUUUUUAUUAUUUUUACAAUUCGUUGAAUAUAUUUAAAAUUCCUUUUCUUUUUCUAUAUCUAUUCAUCUCUCUCUCUUUUUUUUUUUCUUUUCUUUUCUUCUUCUUUUUUUUUAAUUUCUCAUACAUACCGUAAUAUCCACUGGUAAAACAAGUUUGAAUGUAGUAUAUGUUAAUGAAGAUAAUUUGUACUUGAUAUCUUCGAGUAUAAUAUUACAUUAUAUAAUAAAAUACAUUAUUUUAUUUUAGAAACUGUGUAAUUGUAUGUACUUGUCGAAACGAGAAAAAAAAAAGAGAAA